AUGUCUGCUCUACCUCCCGCCAUCACCGCCAUCACCGCCUUGUCCGCCCCGGGCAAGGUUCUGCUCACCGGUGGCUACCUUGUCCUGGACCGCAACUACACGGGCACAGUUUUCGCGCUCGACGCAAGGAUCCAUAUCGUGGUGCAGCAACUGAGACGUGGCCACCGCAGAGGGCCGUCCGAGUCAGGGAAAUCCGGAGAAGGUGCGCCGACUGGAACCGUCGAGGAGGGCAGUGCUGUGGAAGAUAAGGAUAGCGAAGAUAUCGUCGUGGUGCGCUCGCCACAGUUCAUAGAUGCGUUGUGGGAGUAUGGCAUCCAGCGUUGCGAGAACGGCGGCGGUAUCAAAGUCGUCCAAAGGAAUGAGGGACGUCACAACCCCUUCGUCGAGACCUCCCUCAACUACGCGUUGACCUACAUCAGCUACGUCGCCGAUUCCAAGGACUUUGGAUCGCUGUCAAUCACUAUUCUCGCGGAUAAUGACUACUACUCCGAGACCGCUUUCUCCAAGGCGUCCGAGCUACACUAUGCGGGGCGAUUCGUGCACUUUGGCGUGCCCCUUCACGAAGCGCACAAGACCGGUCUUGGCUCCUCUGCGGCAUUGGUUACGUCUCUCGUAUCUGCUCUGGUCAUACAUCGGACGAUGCAGCCGGAUGAUCUUGGUGCCGCUCGCGACAAACUGCAUAACCUGGCCCAAGCAGCUCACUGUGCGGCUCAAGGAAAGGUGGGAUCCGGUUUCGACGUUGCCGCCGCGAUUUACGGUUCUUGCCUCUACCGUCGGUUCUCUCCCAGUAUCUUGGAGUCCGUGGGCGAUGUCGGAACUCCCGGAUUCGAAGAGCGAUUGUUUGCAAUUGUAGAAGACGUCAACCCCCAACAUCCCUGGGAUACGGAGUGUCUGGAUUUCGGCAUGCAGCUGCCCCGAGACAUGCAGAUGGUUCUGUGUGAUGUGGAAUGUGGCUCUCAAACCCCAUCCAUGGUCAAGAAGGUGCUGGAAUGGCGCAAGCAGAACCAGCAAGAGGCCGACUUGCUCUGGGCGGCCCUGCAAUCCAAUAACGAAAGACUGUGCCUCGAGCUGAAGCAGCUAGCCCAGAACCCUAACCAUGAAAGGGCCAAUGACUACAGUGACGUCCGCAGCCUGAUCCAGCGCUCGCGCAACCACAUCCGCAGCAUGACCCGGAAAACCGGCGUGCCGAUCGAGCCCAAAGUGCAGACCGAGCUGCUGGACGCCAUCUCCGAGCUUGAGGGAGUCGUCGGCGGCGUGGUCCCUGGCGCUGGUGGCUACGAUGCCAUCACCCUCCUGAUCCGAGACGACGUCGAGGUGAUCCACCGACUGAACCAUCUCUUCGAGACCUGGGAGAGCAAGGUGGAAGACGACUUCGGUGGCAAGAUCGGCCAGGUGCGUCUCCUGGGUGUGCGUCACGGAUCCGCCGGAGUGAAGAAUGAAUCGUUGGACCAAUAUUCUGGCUGGGAUUAUAAGUCAGGGUCUUCAAGGGAGCAAGAAGAUGGGUCUAGAGAGAUCAUGCGCUCCUGCCGAAACGGAAUCUUGCAACUUGUCGAGGUAUUGCAAAUGUUUCCUCGCGCUCGGCAGGGAGCCCAAACGAGAGAGUGGUGGGCAGAUGAGGCCGCGCCAGACCUCUAUGACAGACGCUAUUUUUACGUGCCUGGAAAAUAUACAGCUAGAUAUGUAAGGACGAGAACAGAUCGCUUGAUAAGUGCAAGCAGCAGGAGAUUGAAACGCCAGGAACCAGAAGGUUACAAACCGGGACCGAUGCGUGCACUUUCGCCAAAUCUCCGAGAAGAUGUAAGCUUUUAUUACGAAUAUCUCGACUCCCAGACCAAGAGUGACUGGCAUAUCCUCCAGAGGCUGUUCAGAGACCUUUACGAGAUUAACGACGAAGACAAGCGUUUCAAGUGGGCAAAGAUGGCCCUCGGGUAUCUUUUGAAGCAGUCCCCGGAUGAAUCGCUCGUCUGA